UACAUGUCCCUUGGCAUUUGUAUUCGUAGUAAAAGACAGACAUUAGAGGUAUCUGAGUGAGAUUUCCGAAAUUGAAAUGACGAAACUGAGGGAGAUCAUUGGCAUAAUCAAAGACAAAGCCUCACAAAGCAAAGCAGCGAUCCUCUCCAACCGCGCCAACCUCUCUCUCCUCCGCGCCACCAGCCACGACCCCUCCACCCCGCCCGCCCACCACAAGCUCUCCACCCUCCUCUCCUCCGCCGACGGACCACGUUCCUCCGCCUCCGCCGCCAUCUCCAUCCUCCUCCGCCGCCUCCACUCCACCCACAGCUCCGCCGUCGCCCUCAAGUGCCUCCUCGCCGCCCACCACGUCAUCCGCCACGGCACCUUCAUCCUCCAGGACCAGCUCUCCACGGCGUACCCGUGCUCCCGCGGCGGCAGAAACUACCUUAACCUUUCCCACUUCCGCGACCGGAGCUCCACUACGUCGUGGGAGCUCUCCUCCUGGGUGCGAUGGUACGCCCACCACAUAGAGAACAUAUUAUGCGCCUCCCGAACCCUCGGAUUCUUCUUCCUCUCGGCGUUGCCGCCGUCUCCUUCUUCGCCGGCGCGUGAGAACAAAGAAGAGCGGGUUUCCUGUCUCACUAACGGUGAUUUGUUAAGAGAAUUGGAUUCUUUGGUGGCUCUUAUCGAAGGGAUCACGAAGAAACCCCAUCACAACAACAAGAUUGAAGAAGAUUACAGCAAGAAUAAGCUUGUGGAUGAGGUUGUUGGGUUGGUGGAAGAAGACGCGGUUAUGGCGGUGAGUGAGGUUUCGGCGAGGGUGAACGAGUUCAAGGAGAGAAUGGGUUUGUUGAGUUUUGGUGAAGGAGUUGAGCUUGUUUGCAUUUUGAAGAGGUUGGAAGAGUGCAGAGAACAACUUGUUGCGUGUUGUUCAUGUCUGAUGGAAAAGGGAGAGAAGAAAAGGUUCUGGGAAUGUGUGAGAGAGUUGAAGGAAGUGGCUGGGAAGAACGUGUUGUGUACGGAAGAAGAGGGUAAGAGAGUUGGAAGAUCAGAGAGGAAAACGGAAUCGGAUCGGUUUCUUGACGGAAGACUUGUUCUGAAUUCGGUUGAUUUGGUGCGGUUUCCCUCCUCAAGGUUCUUCUGAUCUGAUGCUCAAGGGCACCAUCACUAUCAUCACCACCACCACCAUUAGCACCAGCACUAGGGACAAAGAGCUCAACUCUGUCACAAUACACGCACCUUGUUUGCUUGCAAGAGGAGAGCAUCUCAGCAAUACAGACCCUUCUCAGCCUGAAUUUCUUGGGGCAAUCAGAAGCCGCCACCAUGAUCGCAUGGUCAAUUAUCUUGAAUAUAUCAGAAAAAGAUUAAUAAGACUUGAAGUAACUCCUCCAGUGAUGACUUCAUGAUACUCAUUCCCAAUCAAACCCUCUGAGAGAUUUCAAUCCAGAUCCCAGCAAUAGAAACAACUAAAAAAAAGGAAUCACCUACCGAUCAAAAUUUGAUUUUUUCUGGUGAGCAAGGAUUUUAUUCAACAACAAUAAACGCUUAAGUUUGUAAAUUUAUUAACUUAGUGUGCCAUUGGUUUGGCAAGAUUCGAUUGAAUGGUCUUUGUUCUAACUUGGCGGCAUCCAUGAAAGAGUACAAAAGAAGACCGACAUAAGCAGAGCAGAUCGGUGUAAGUUGCAGCAAAGGAAGAGACCACGUUCCACCAGAAGCCAACGGCGGUGAUUGAGGAAGAGGACGGAGAGGAGUUGGACGGUGCAGCAACGGCGAUCUCUGCAAUAUUGGGCAGAGGGUGUUCAAUAAAGCAACAGCUACCUAUUCACGCCAGAGAGGAACUGCGGGCAAGGGCCGGUGACGCCGGGACGUCGUUUGGGCUACCAAUCUUGGCGAGGUUAACAACCCCACUAUGAUGAAAGUAGCCAUAAACCCACCUUGGUUGGUCAAGCCAAGGAUGCACCUCUUACUCUCAAAGAGCCUAGAGGAAAAUAAGCAUACAACUUAUUUCAUAUUCAAAAAUAAACUUCAACUCUAUUUCAUAAAUAAAAA